AUGUGUCGAAUGAUCGUGUUUGCCGGCACCUGCACCAGAUGUAACGAGGCUCACACCUGGGAGGACCUUUCACAGGCUCUAUUGUGCUUGGAAGCCAAAAACAACGGCGGAAUCGGCGACUGUGCCAACGGAGUCAAUAUUGAACAACAUAAAUUUGACCAGGAAUGCGACCGCUGUUCCCAAGAAGACGAGGGUCUUGGCGGCGUCGGCCUUUAUGAAUCGCCCCCAAAAAUUGAGGCCAAGCGCGGCGCUACCCAAGAUGCGACUACGUCAAGUUCUUCCAAAAGACAACGAACAUGA